AUGACGGCCCUCGCCGAGGCGGAGCUGCGCGCCCUCGAGGCGGCCUUCGCCGACGGCGACGGCGUCGAUUACGGCGCCUUCCUCGCCGCCCUCCGCGUGCGGCUCGCGGAGGAGAAGAAAUCCACCGCCGCCCCCCCUUUUUCGGAGCCGUUUCCGUGCACGACGGGAUCCGAAUCGGAAGGCGCGGGUGGGAAACCCGGCGGACUCCAACGCCGUUAUCAAGAAGUGGUGGCGCGGAUUCGACGCCAGCUCGGGGGGCGCCGCGCACGUGCGUUGCUCGCGUUUCGCGAGGAGGAUCGCGCGCGGCGGGGGUACCUUCGCGCGGGGGUGUUUUUUUCCUGUUUGGCGGCGCUUUUGGGAUCGCCACCGGCGCCGUCGGAGGCGGCCACCCUCACCACCGCCCUCUCCACCGGGAAUGGGGAGAUCGCGUACGAGGGGUUUUGCGCGGCGGUCGAGGACGCCGAGCCCGUCUGCGGGCGGUUCUAA